CAGAGCCUGGGUGAGCCGCUGGUCAAAGAGGAGCUCCAACUCAGCUGGUCGCCCAAAGUCCAUUUGAUAUUCCCAGCAAAGACCUCCUACAGGGACAGACUGCUUUGAACGCAAUUAAAAGAUUUGUGAAAAUCUAGAACUUUUCUGCAGAAAAUGGCAAAAGUAAAUUUGAGUGUAGUUGCUUUGUGGGUCACACUGCUCCUGUUGGCAGAGACUUGGGCCCAGAAUCCCAAGAAGAGACUGGCACCCCCAAAGCCUCCAAAGGCUCAGUGCUGCGAUGAGGUGCGCUCUCUUAAGGUUCAGGUAGCCAAUCUGACCAGUCUCCUCGAGGAGAUGAGUCGCAAGCAGGAGUCAGACUUGAUGAGCGUUGUGAGGCAAAUAAUGGAGCUGGACAAGCAGAACCGUCAGCAGGAAGCCCGGGUUACGGAGGCAGAGAGCAAGUACUCAGAGAUCAACAACCGUGUGGAGAUCAUGCAGCUACAAACUCUGCAGUCUGCUACUCAGACUUCAUCAGAUGCCAUAUAUGACUGCGCAUCACUGUACAGCAAGAACUACAGGAUCUCUGGCGAGUACAAACUGCCAAAAGAUGAGUUUCUGGGAACACCUGAGCUGAACGUCUACUGUGAUAUGGAGACAAAUGGAGGUGGCUGGACUCUGAUCCAAAGGCGCAAAGUCGGCCUGACCUCAUUUAACCGUGACUGGAAGCAGUACAAAAGUGGAUUUGGAUCCAUCCGUGGAGACUUCUGGCUAGGCAAUGACCACAUCUUCCGUCUAACAAGGCAGCCCAGUGUGCUCAGGAUUGAGAUGGAGGACUGGGAAGGAGAGACUCGCUAUGCUCAGUAUGACUUCUUCACCGUGGGUAAUGAGCUAAACAGCUACAAGCUCUUCCUUGCCAACUACAGUGGGAACGCUGGCAAUUCCCUGCGCUACCACAAUAACACCAACUUCAGCACCAACAACAAGGACAAUGACAAAUGUGUUGACGACUGUGCUUCCCUGCGUAAAGGAGGCUACUGGUACAACUGCUGCACUGACUCAAAUUUGAAUGGCGUUUUUUACCGCUACGGUCAGCACUUAACAAAGAACGCAGAUGGGAUCACUUGGUAUGGCUGGCAUGGCUCCAACUACUCCCUCAAGAAAGUGGAGAUGAAGGUGCGGCCAGUGGAUUUUCAACCAUAAGUGCUUCAGCUGUGUGUCCUGGAUCAAGAUCAUACGCAUGAAUGCUGAGAGAUCUCACUAAAUACCUGUUCAACCAAAUUGUGGCUUUCCCUUGACUGCGAAAGGAAUGCAAAUGUAGUUGUGUGAUGGUCUGGUUAAGUUUCAGUCAGAUGAAUGUGUAAUGUUUUGCCGUGUUUGAUUGUAAAUUGUAGUUCAUUUUGUGUAUUUAUCAGUAAAAUAUUUUAUUUUUCAAAAGCUUUGAUAGAUGCUCUUUUACCACUGUCCCGUAUGGGUAACUGGAUUUUGAGUCCUUCUCUCAUUUGUCUCGAAAGCACUAGGAUGUUUUUUUUUUUAGUUAACACAAGGCAUUUAUGGAUAGUAGCAAGAGUCCAGAGUGGUCUGGUUCAGGAAUAACUCAUUGAGGACUGGUAGGAACUAAUUAAAAAGGAUCUUUGUGAGUUGCUGGAAUGGGAUCAACCACCAAAGAUAUUUCCUAUGAAUUACGCUGCAUUUUAUUGUAAAACCGUAACCAUUGAUGAUGGAAAUGUGUCACUUGUAAAAUGUGUACAGCUCUGUAAUUAUGUUGUUUUAUGUGAUAGAAAAUAAACAUAUUUUUUAAAAGAAACAA